AUGAAAGGUCUUCAACAGUUCAUUGCCGACUUAAGAACACUGAAUGCUAAAGAGGAACAAGAUAAACGUAUCAAAUCAGAGAUAGUCAAUAUUCAAAAACAAUUUAGCUCAGGGUCAAAGCUAACAGGCUAUCAAAGAAAGAAAUAUAUCUCAAAAUUGAUAUACAUAUACCUGACUUCAAGUUGCAACACGUCAAAUUUAGAUUUCCAGUUUGGACAUAACCAAAUACUGGAAUUAUUAUCUUCAAAAGUUUUUUCCGAGAAAUUUAUUGGCUAUUUAUCAAUAAGCUUGCUUAUAAGUAGUAAUAAUAAAUCAGAGUCUGAAGCUGAUUUUUUAAAUUUGAUAAUAAACUCAUUGAAGAAUGAUUUGAAUUCCCAUGAUAUAGAGGCUAAUUUGUUAGCAUUACAAUGCAUUGCAACUUUGGGAAAUGAGACAUGGGCAAACUUUUUAGCUGAAGAUGUUUUCCAAAUAUUAAGAUCCCCUACUUCAUCACCAUUAUUGAAGAAAAGAUCAUCAUUGGCUUUGUUGAAAUUAGUUAAAGCUAGCCCAGAAGUGUUGGCUAGACACAAUCCAUGGAUUCCAAGAAUAUUGGCUUUAUGUGAUGAUUCAGAUCUUGGUGUUGUUCUAUCAGUGUUACCGUUAAUCCAAUUCAUAGCCAAGGAAAUUGAUUUUGCGCAAGCUCAACAGAUAAUUCCAACAUUGGCUAAAAAACUAAACUUGUUAAUUAUGGAAUCAAAUAAUGUUCCUGAUGAUUAUUUUUUCGGUGAAAUUGCAAACCCAUGGUUGAUUGUUAGAAUAUGUGGGCUUUUGGAAACGUUGAUACCAGAUGUUCAACAUUUGAAUAUCGACUUGAACACUCUAAGAACUUUAAGAGCUUGUGUUUCCAAAACCAUUGAAUUCACCACCAAAAAGACAAAUGAUCUUGCAGUUAGAAAUGCACAUAAUUCUGUGUUAUUCUCAGUGAUUGGGCUAGCUAGUCAUUUAGAUCCUUCCCCUGAAGCAUUGUCUUCAUCCAUUGAUGCUAUUACUAAAUUGUUGGAUUCUAAUGAGACAAAUACAAGGUAUUUAGCAUUAAACUCAUUGAUCGCCUUGUGUUCUCAAGGAGGUGCGCUUUCAUUACAAACUUCAAGAAAACAUUUACUGAAACUAUUCCAUUUAUUAAGGGAUCAAGAUGUAUCAAUAUGCAGAAAGAGUUUAGAUUUGAUUUAUACAUUAACUGAUUCAGAAUCCAUUGAAUUUGUUGUCGAUGAAUUAUUGAAAACUUUGAAGGGUUCUGAUCAUGUUUUGAAAUCAGAGAUUGCUAUAAAAGUUUCAGUGCUUAGUGAAAAAUUUGCUAAAAACCCAUUAUGGUUUGUUACCACCAUGCUUGAAUUGAUUGAUCAUGUUGGGUUAACAUUGAAUGAAUCUAUUUGGGAAAGAGUUGUUCAAAUUGUGGUCAAUAAUGAAAAUUUACACAAGUUCACAUGUGCCGAAUUGAUGAGAUAUAUAAUGAAACCAAAUUUUGCAGAACCAACGGUUAAAAUUGCAGCUUAUCUAUUAGGAGAAUUCGGUUAUACAAUUAAAGAUGAAUUCCCAAUUCAUCAACAGUUUGAUAUUUUAUCCACUAUUUAUUUUUAUGUCUCAAAUUCAACUAGGGCAAUGCUAUUGACUACUUUUUUGAAAUUUCAAAAAGUUGAGAUUGAAGAGAAACAAUUGAAAUCAAAAUUAAUCAAAUUUUUGAGAAUUGAAAUAAAUUCAGUUGAUUCUGAAUUACAACAACGUGCAGUGGAAUAUUUGGCAAUGAUUCAAAAAUUAAAUUCAGAAAAGGGUAAAGUUUUAUUCAAUAUUGUAUUUGAUGAAUCCCCAGUUUUCAAUUCUAGACAAAAUCCAUUACUACUGAGACUUGGUAAUAGUACAGAAUUAAACAAGAGUGCGUUAGUGAAGAGUACAGAUAAUUUGACUCAAAAAUUAACCACAAAGGCCCCAAAUCCAUUUAAACAAAAUUCACCAGUCAAAAAAUCAGCUGGAGCUCCAUUAACACCUAAUUGGGAUAAAGGGUUUUAUAGAAUUUUUGAAUUCAAUCAAGGUGUUUUCUUUGAAAAUUCAUUAGUCAAGGUCAUUUUAAGAAUCAAUAAAAACAACAACAAGAAGGAUCUUUUAUCAUUUACAUUAACGUUCACCAACAAAUCCCCAAGACCCUUAAGUUCAUUCAUCACCACAUUAACCGAAUAUAAAACAGUGAAACCAAAUAUAAUUGUGAACUUGUUAGAAUUACCAGAUACAGAUAUUGACAUUGAUCAUAAAACUAGUUCCAUAAUUGAAGUUUUGUUGAGAUCUCCAUUUUCAAUGGAAGAUAUCCCAAAUUUAAGAAUUCAAUUCAAUUCAGGCGGUGGGUUUAAUAACAUCCGUUUAAAAUUACCAAUCUUUUUGACAAAAUACAUCACAUCAACUGCAUUACCAUUCCCACAAUUUUUACAACAUUGGAAGCAAAUUGAUUCUUUGGGAGAAAGUGGUGAAUCCAUUAAGCAAAUAUAUUCAGAUAGAGCUGGUGAUAAACAAUGGUUAUUAAGAUUUGUUGAAAAAUUAGGAUUUGCUAUAGUGGAACAGCAAAGUGAAUUAUUCAUUUUCGGUGCUGGUAUUUUACAUACAAGUUCUAGUGGUAAUUUUGGGACUUUAAUGAAAUUGAAAUUGAUUGAUCAAGGAACUUUUGAAAUUAGAAUUAGAGCUACAUCUCCAAAUCUUGGUGAAUUGAUUGCAAAUUCUAUUGUUAGUUAUUUUGAACAUUCAUGA